GCUGCGGCAGCGUCUCUCAGCUGAACUGGAUCCCUCUCCUCUCAGCGCAGAAAACCAAAGCGGAGCCGCUUUAUCUGAUUAGAAUGGAUGUCUCGGAGGAGGAAGACUACUAUUACCACGACAACAUCAGUUUCAACUACAGUUAUGAGGAUUACUCCACCCUGUGUGAGAAAGGUGACGUCCGUUCCUUCGCUGGUGUCUUUCUCCCCAUAAUGUAUACCAUGUGUCUGGUGGUGGGCCUGGCCGGAAACACCCUAGUGGUGGCUGUGUAUGCCUACCAAAAGCACCUGAAGACCAUGACUGACGCAUUCCUGGCCCACCUGGCCGUGGCCGACCUUCUCCUCCUCCUCACGCUGCCCUUCUGGGCUGCGGAUGCCGCGAGAGGGUGGGAGCUGGGUGAGGCUCUUUGCAAGAUUGUGUCUGCCUGCUAUACGGUCAACUUCACCUGUUGCAUGCUGCUGCUGGCCUGCAUCAGCUUGGAUCGGUACAUGGCGUCAGUGCGGGCGCAAGGCAGAGAUCUUGGAGGACGGCUGCAGAGGGUGUUCACCAGGAAGCACAGUGGGAAGGUGUGUCUGGUUGUCUGGGUCACAGCUUUCAUCCUGGGCCUUCCUGACCUGAUUCUCUCCAAAGUGAGAUCGAUCGGCCACAGGAGCAUCUGUCUGGCCAUCUACCCCCAGUCUAUGGCUCGUGAGGUCAAAGCCUCCCUGGAGAUAGUGGAGGUGCUGCUUGGCUUUGUGGUUCCUCUCCUAGUCAUGGUGUUCUGUUACUGGAGUGUGGGCCUGGCGCUAAGGGGGCUCCCCAUUGACAGCAGGGGCAAGAAGUGGAGGGCUGUGCGGGUUCUUCUGAUAGUGGUGGGGGUGUUUGUGGUCACUCAGCUACCCUAUAACGUGGUGAAGCUCUAUCGGGCCAUGGAUUCUGUCUAUUCUUUGGUGACCCAUUGUGGGGCGAGCAAAGCACUGGAUCAGACAGCUCAGAUCACAGAGAGCCUGGCCCUCACACACUGCUGCCUCAAUCCAAUCCUCUACGCCUUUGUGGGCUCCUCGCUCCGACAGCGCAUGAUGAAAGUGGCCAAGAUGCUUGGCGAGAGGAGGAGACAAAGCAGAGAAGGAAGGGCAACCCAACAAGAGGAGCAAGGAAUAGAGAUGUCGUUUAACUCCCACACUGCAUCCCAAGAGACCAACACAUUUUCAAUAUGAGUUAUAAAUCAUUAUUCAUUUGUAGAAUGCAAGAACAGGAGAAGUGGAACCAUAUGUGGAAGCCAUCUAGUACCAAGGAAUUCCAGUCUGGCAUAAACAGUGCAAUUCCUCCUUGACAAAACAGGAGGAUGUUAUUGUAUGUGUCACAGUCUCUCCCUGUUCAGACUUUAUUAUAAAAAAUUAUCAUUAGCAAAAUACACUUGUGUUUACCUUUCACUGCUUUCCCUACCAAACGGCACAGAUAAGGACAUAAGAAAGGAAAGAACCAUUCAAUAGAAAUCAGUUUUACUAAAUGGAAAAGUGCUGUUUGCUGGAUAUCUCACAGGCUUGUAUAAUCUAUUGUUUAUUUUGUGACUGCUGGAAUGAACUUAAGCACUUUAUGGUUUAGCACUGAAAGUUACAAGACACCUCAGAAAUUUGCCCAGAAAAAAGUUCUUUUGUUGUGGCCAGACUGAUCUAUGGAUUUCAAAUAUUGCCUGAUGAAUUACAGGUACCAGUUUUGUGAAAUUAGCCCACCUGGAACCCACAAGAAACACUGAUAUUCUUACAACCUGUAGAUGUACAAAGUAAAAUAAGAUUAGGGAUUGGCUUUGAUACUCAGUAGUACAUUACAUACUGUGCAGAUAACAAUGAAAUUAGAAGAAAAAGACAAUGUGCUAUUAAAAGAAUAUAGGAAGUGAAAACUGGAAGCAUUAAUUAUGGCUGUAUUCCCUUUGAAACCAACUCUGCAAUGACUGUCCAUCUGGUCACAGUUAGAAAGGGUCUUUUUUCAUGAUGAGAAGUGCUUGUUCUGAUCAUCAUCAACUAAAAUAAAUAUAGCUGUUAGGCUACAUCUCUGUUUUGAAAUGACAUCUGCACAGGCAAUGUACCAGAAAAGUUUCCAGUGCCAGUAAGAGUCAUCUGAUGUGGGUGGGGAGCACUGAUAACCUCUAAACACUGUUCCUCAUUUCUGCUCGUCCAUCACACCACAGACUAAUGCUAACCCUGAUCUAUCCACCCCAUGACCCUUUACGCUAAAUCACAAGAUGAAUCAUCAAAUUCCCCAAAGAGCUUCUGGACUGCUGGCAUUGUGCUGCAGAUAACACAUUCUUGUUCAAAGUACAGGUUUUUCCAGUGGGCAUUGACUCCUGAGUUUUACAUGACCUAAAUUCCACAGGACAUCUGAAACCCACAUUUACAUCUUCAUUCUCCUCACGUCUUAUUUCUCAGGAGGAGAUGACUGGAAAAUGUCACAGCAGAUUGAAAAACAACUUCUAGCAGCCUUUUUACAGGGUGAGGAUGAAAAGUGGAAAGAUUAAUUCGGUAAUGUUUUGGAAGGAUUGUCAGUAAGUUAGUCUCUUGAUAGUUGUGAAUCUUAUAGGUAGAGUUUUUGUUUUUUCUUAAACCCAGAUAUAAUCAGACAAGUUUAUAUAUUUCCUACAUUAUCGGUCUGUAGGAGUAGUUGCAGGAGAUAGGAAGGGUUAUUUGGAAAGUCCAGCAUUACCAAAGUCUAGUACUGCUACUGAUUUGCCAAAUACAGUAUUAUCAGUAAGCAAAUUGUACUGUCUCCAAUACUGGUUUGGACAAAAACUUGCAGAUGGCAUUACACAAGUAGGGAUCUCUGUUUCAUCAGCUUUAUUGUUUGUAAUAGCAUAUUUGACAAACGCCUAAGCCUGAGGUCUUCUUUAACCUCAGAUGGUGCCAAUCAAGUGAUAUUAGGCUGUUGUAAUGUUAUCAGGUCAUGUUCUGGCAUGUGUGUCCUCACAUGUGGAAACUAUUUGACCUAAUUACUCUCUGCUGAGAGAAACACUGCUCUCAACAAAAGUGUACUUACUUGACACGAAGAAUAAACAAAGCCCACUGUAUAGUGUAAAAGUCCUGUGCAGAAUGAAAGUCAGGUUAGUGAGAGACAACAUCUGUAAUGAAUGUGGUAUUUUGCUUUCACAUUUUCAUAAUUUAUAAUUGGUCAUCCUUUUUGCUUUGUUAACAAAUUAAACCAUGAUCAGUAAGAGAAGAACACUUAAAA